AUACAUUUUGAUUUGAUUUGAUUUGAUGGCUCCACAAUGUCCACCACUGCGACUUCAUCUGUUAAACGUCUCUCCGUGUUUCUCUCUCUCUCUCUUUUUCUCUUUCCCUCCCCGCAUGCAGCAUAUGUCCGGCCCCCUCCGAGCUCCUGUCCAUUGGCUUUUCUUGCUGUUUUCCUUCGUCCCCCCCCGCCUCUCACACACACAGUGCACAUUGCUUUCAUUAGACAUCCCUCUCUCUCUCUCUCCCUUGCGAUCACACACUACCUCCCCCAAAUGCCGCUUGUCCGGCCCCCUGAUCUCUCUGUCCAUUGGCUUCUCCGGGUCUAUUUUUCAUGUCCAGCCCCUAAUGAGUGUCCAUUGGUUUUGUUAUUUCCCUUCCCUCCUCCCACUUUGCCGCUUCGCCCUGCCCAUGUUUUGUAUGUCUGUGUCCAUCCAUCUCCUGACGUUCAAGUUCGCAGAAACGUCACGUCCGCACUUGAACUUGCAGCUCAGGGGGGCUUUUGCCAUUUUCCAUCUCUCUCUCGCUCUAUUUUCAAAAAAGCCAUGACGGCGAUCCCACUAUACAUCUUCCCUGCGCCAUCGUUGUAUUAUUUCUAAUUUAUUUUGGAUAUCAAAGGCAUUGAUGAAGAUAUUUUCUCUGGAGUCUCCCUUCUAACCCGGCUCUCCCGAUGUGAACCGAGCUGAACGCCGCCACCAGCCACCAUGUCUCGCCGCAAGCAAGGCAAACCCCAACACUUAAGCAAAAGGGAUUUUUCGCCCGAGCCCCUGUCUGCCGUCGCCUCGGAGGAGCUCUCGUCGGAACGCUGCUCGGAACGUUCAGACCGCUCGGAGAAUGGCACGGGCACACUACGGAUGGCCGUGGCGACAGAGCAGGAUCUGUUGACCUGUGGUCAGUGCCAGGCCACCUUCCCCCUGGGGGACAUCCUGCUCUUCAUCGAGCACAAGAGGAAGAGAUGCCACGGACCCCCCUGUCUGGCCAGGGGCCUGGACAAGCCCCCGUCGCCUACGCCCGGCCUGGCUCUCACCCCUUCGCCCUUCCCGGCCUCUCUCCGCAGGCGCCCUGUGGAGGUGGGCGUCCAAGCCACACCGGGGGGCGAUGACGACCGCCUCUCGUUGCCCAGAGGGAUCUGCCCCAAGCAGGAACACAUCCCAGGUAAGGAAGAGCCGAGUACCUACACCUGCACCACCUGUAAACAGGCCUACGGCAGCGCUUGGUUCCUGCUCCAGCACGCCCAGAUUACCCAUGGCUUCCGCAUCUACCUGGAGAGCGAGCACGGGCAUGGCAGCCCCCUCACCCCCCGCAUGGGCAGACCUUCCUCCCUGGGUGGUGGCGCAGACUGCCCCUCGCAGCCCCCUCUCCACGGUCUCCACCUGCCCGAGGCCAGCCCCUUCAGCCUCCUCCGCAUCCCUGGAUCAGGCUCGGGGGGCCGGGACGGAGGGGGUGGGCACCAGCGUUUUCCCCCGACGCCGCCGCUCUUCAGUCCCCCUCCACGCCACCACCUGGACCCCCACCACCGGAAUCCAGAGGAGCUGGUCCUGGCAGCCCACCAUCCGAGUGCCUUCGACAGGGUGCUGCGCCUCAACCCUCCCAUGCCCCUGGACCCCCCAUCGGCCAUGGACUUCUCUCGCCGGCUGAGGGAGCUGGCGGGCAACACCUCAGGGUCCACUCCCCCCCACUCUCCCAACCAGCCCAGCCAUAUGCAACGGCUGCUCCAACCAUUCCAGCCCGGUGGAGGAGGAGGUGGAGGGGGUGGCAGUGGGGGAAAGCCUCCCUACCUGUCCACCCCCCCUCCCCUGCUCCCCUCCAUGCAGUCCCCCUCGGGUUCCCAUACCACCCCCACCACCCCACUGCCAUCCUCAGGCCCCCAGCCCUCCACUCCUCUGAAGACCAAGUCGUGCGAGUUCUGCGGCAAGAGCUUCAAGUUCCAGAGUAAUCUCAUUGUGCACCGACGCAGCCACACGGGCGAGAAGCCCUACAAAUGUCAUCUGUGUGACCACGCCUGCACCCAGGCCAGCAAGCUCAAGCGCCACAUGAAGACGCACAUGCACAAGUCGGGCUCGCCCAACGCCGAAAAGUCGGAAGAUGGGCUCUCUGUAGCCUCCUCACCCGAGCCGGGCACCAGCGAGCGAAUGGGCAGCGCCAGCAGCGCCCUCAAGUCAGUGGUGGCCAAGCUUAAGAGUGAGAACAACCGCCUGCGCCGGGAGAAUGGGGAGGAGGAGGAAGAAGAGGAAGAAGAAGAGGAAGAGGAGGAGGAAGAGGAGGGUGAAGAGGAGGAAGAGGAGGGGGAGGAGGAAGAAGAGGAGAAGGUGGAUGGAGCUAGGAGGAACAACAACAGUUACCACUUCAGCUUGAGUCUGGAGGCAGCGCGGCACCAUGAGAACAACGGCAGCAUUGGGGUCGGGGGAGUUGGGGUUCGCCUGGUAGGAGGAGAGGAGGGUACCAUCCCUCGCUCGCUGCCUGAGGUGAUGCAGGGCAUGGGGUUGGCGGCCAGCAUGCAGCACUUCAGCGAAGCCUUUCACGCACACAAGCGCAGCGCGCUGAACCAAGAAAACCACAUACACCACCACAACCGUGAGCACACACAACGCCAGCUGUGUGACGAGGACUCAGCGCUGGAGUCGGACCGUGGAGAGGGGGGCUGCAUCUCGGCCGUGGCCAUAAACGGGCGCGGCACGUCCCCCAGUGAAGCAGCCUCGGUGGGCCUCUCCAAGAAGCUGCUACUGGGUAGCCCUAGCCCCCUCAGCCCCUUCUCCAAACGCAUUAAGCUGGAGAAGGAGUUUGACCUGCCUACCCCCACCAUCCCCAACACAGAGAACGUCUACUCCCAGUGGCUGGCCGGCUACGCCGCCUCCCGACAACUCAAGGACCCCUUUCUGAACUUCGGAGGGGACUCCAGACAAUCGCCCUUCGCCUCUUCUCCAUCGGAGCACUCGUCUGAGAACGGCAGCCUGCGCUUCUCCACCCCUCCUGGGGAGCUGGAUGGGGGGGUGUCGGGCCGCAGCGGGACGGGGAGCGGGGGGAGCACUCCCCAUCUGGGGGCUCCGCUGACUCGUCCUGGCUCCAAGGACGGCAGCAGGCGCACCGACACCUGUGAGUACUGUGGCAAGAUUUUCAAGAACUGUAGCAACCUGACGGUGCACCGGCGCAGCCACACGGGAGAGAGGCCCUACAAGUGUGAGCUGUGCAACUACGCCUGCGCCCAGAGCAGCAAGCUCACACGCCACAUGAAGACACACGGGCAGAUCGGCAAGGACGUGUACAAGUGUGAGAUUUGCCAGAUGCCCUUCAGCGUGUACAGUACCUUGGAGAAACACAUGAAAAAAUGGCACAGUGACCGCCCCUUGAGUGCCGAAAUUAAGUCGGAGUAGUGGGAGUUUCCCCUGUCAUCAGUCCCCCCCUCCCUCCCCAGUCCCCUGUAGAUUCUCCCCUCUUCCUUUGCCAGUCCGAUGGACAACGUGCUCUGCACCAGCACACCCCGUUUCCAUUACUCGUUGAAUGCAUGAUCUGUAUCGGGGCAAUACUAUUGCAUUGACGCAAAACUUCAAGCCUUUCUCUUGUGCAAUAAUUUACAUGUUGUGUACUGUUUUUUUUUCCUGCAUUUUUAUUUUAUUUUUUAUAAUUAGACAGCAUGCAUGGUAUGUUUUGGCUAAUUAAAAAAAAAAUAGAAAAUGUCCCUGGUUGGUUAGUUGUUGAGUAAAAUGUGUUGCUGUUUUCUUGUUCGGGUUUUUAUUUUCAAAAAAAAAGAAAAGACAAGAAAGAAGUGACCAUGCUGCAUACAUUCUGUAACACAUAUCAUGUACAGUUCUGUGUUGUAACAUGGAGGAUGAACAGUCUUCAGCUUAACCCUCUCUGGACGACCUGGGCACUUAACCUUCGUCUUUCUAAAAGAUGUUCUGUCCCUAUGGGGUUUAAAACAUAAUCUAUGAAUUGGCUUGAUUUACUGAACACAAAAAGCAGUGACAGCCUUUAGAUUUCUUCAACAAACAAAAGAAAAAGAUGAGGAUGUGUUAAGAUUUGAAUUUGUACUAUCAUUUGGUGAAAACAAACAAAAAAAAAGUGUGCCUUUAAAUAUCUUGAAACUACAUUGGUUAAUAAUCUUCCUAUCUGCUAUAAGCUUUGGGGUCACGGCUGUAUACUGGACACGGGUUGAAUCCACCCUGAGUAAAGGUUCUUGCAUCAAGUACCUGACUGCUAAAGUCGACUGUGACUUACAAGAUUAACUGAUAAUACCAAUACAGAUACUUUGGAGAAUUCUGGUUAAUCAUCAUUUAGCUACCUAUUACAUGUAUUAUAGUGUCUUUACAUUUUCAGCAGGCACGGUACAGGCAGUAUUGUGUAUAACUGAAUUGUUUGUAUAUUUUAUUUCUGGUGCGGAGGUACUGAACACAAAGGUACUCUGUAAUGUACAAUCCUAAAUUCGUGGGACUUUUAACAUUUUGUGAAGACCCGAGCGUUGACAUGUAUCUACAGUAGCACAAACUUGUGAUGCUGCUUGGAUAUUUCAGAGUGUAAUCUCCCAGCACACCCUACAAUAUGAGGGCAUUCGAGUGAAUACAAGCUAGUCAAAAAAGUUACACAGAAUUAGAAGCUAACAGUAUGAAGUGUUUUGGGGGGGGGGUGGCUUUCUUUUUUUACAAUACAUUUAAACCUUCUAUCCAUCAGUGAUGAUUAACUAUGAAUUGCCUAAACUUGAAAGGAAGAAAAAUGUUAUUUAAGAAAGGCCAUUGUACUCGUGCCAGGGCUCUUGAAAAGAAAGAGUGGAGAUUAGACAAAAUAAUCAUACAUAGGUUUGUAAUAGAAGGCAGAGGUACUUUUGUUUUCUUUCUGUUUUGUACUGUUUGCUGUUUGUGUUGACGUGAAAGGAGAGUUUUUUCCUUGUUGAGUUGCAGACAUCCACCCCGGUUGAUGGUGAAAUAGCACUUGUCACGCUGCCUCAGACACUGUACAGAUACUCUAACAUUGUCUAACGUUGGUACAACGUCUGUAUUAGCGGUCAAGUCUAAAGUUAGACUGUCACUUAUAGGACAAAAAAAAAGUGCACUGUUCAAUUUUCCCAGUUUACAGGUAUACGCUUAAGGGAAAACUUGCUAAAAUGCUGACUGGUGGCUAGGGGUUCCAUUGUUUUACAUAGUGACGAAUACAGAAUCUGUUGCCAGCCACUCCAUCCUUGACCCUCAUCCUUCACCUUUGACCACCUCUGACCUUUGUUGUUUAACCCCAGGAAACGCCAGGAAAGCACUCAGUGCUGUGACUGGGUAAAAGCUCACUCAGCUAGAUCACAAACUUGCUGCUCACACUGCAAGAUCUUUUUUUUUGUACAAAUCUUUUUUUUUGUAUAAAUAUGAAAAUGUUUUUGUUUUUUUAAAUAACACUUCAUUAUCUUUAGGGGAAACUGUAUUUAAGUUUGUUGUUGUUUCUCUUUUCCUCUCUGUCUUGGUGGUUUUCAAGACUUGAUCACAGUAUAUAUAAAAUGGAGAAUAAAAACUGUGACUUUUUAUUUUGCCUUGGCUCUUCGCGGCUCUUCAGGUUUAAUAAAAUUUGCAUUGGGGAAAGGUUUAAGAUGAUAUAUGAAUAUAUAAUAGAGAACUUAAAUAUAGAAAGAUGCACACUCAUGUCAAUUCCAAUGCUUAUUAAACACACUUAUGGUCUUCUUUUUCUGUAUUUCUAGAAUGGUAUUUGAAUUCAAUGUUCACUUAGAGUAGGCACUAUAGUAUUUAUAUUGAGGCUCGUAUUUUUAACUGUUGCUUGUUCUCUCUACAGGUAUUUACGUACCUUUUUUGGUAGUAAAAAAACAAAACAAGCUGCCACGGUUUAUUUUUUUAAUUUGGCAGGAUAAUAUAGUGCAAAUUAUUUGUAUGUUUAAAACAUUGAAUAAAACCCAAUAAAAAAAAGAAGUAUGCGACAUUGAGCGCAGUGGGCCAUUAAAUGUCUGCCACGCUGUGCUGGUUCCUGCUCACAGGUUGUACAUAUCUUUUUUAGUUUGGUUUGGACCUCCUCCCCCUGCUGCCAUUCUGUAUGCAGUGAUGCAAGCUGACGUCGGGCUGUCCUGUUCUUGUGCUUCUGUCUUUCCCACCUAUCCCACCUGACUACAUUCCAACAUCUUAAGAAAAAAAAAAAACUUCAUAUGCAGUACAUCGAUUUUAAAAAAGCGUCAGAAUAAAUGAAUUUUAAAAAAAAUCUAUGUUUUGCAGUUUUAUUUUUCAUUGCCAAAUACUAAAUGGUGCUUUAUAUUUAGAUUGGGUAUACUUUCAUAUGCAAAGCAUAUUUAAAAAUGAAAAUGAAUUGGAGAUGCGGAGAAGCCUGCUUGAGUUGAGCCUUUUUUGUAAAUGGCAAUGCGGAAUAUUUUGUUAUCAGCCUUUUCUAUUCUUGUUCUGAGAGCUGUUUGUUGUAACUUGAACUUGAACUUUAUCUUUUACUAUGGGAGUUGCUAUUUAUUAUUACCUAUAUGCUCUGUUUAAAAUAGAGACAUGGAAGGGAUCUUUUUUUGUUAUAAUAUUAUUUCUUUACUUUUUAAAGAUUGGCCGAAGGUCAUUGGACAAACUUUUUUUCAUUUUUUUUUUGUAUUUGUUUCUGAUCUCUGUUCAGUUGUAUUGGGGAAACCACUGUCUGUGUUUUCUGGCAGUUGUCUACAUUAUCCUGUUCACACACCCAUUUUGUCCCUUUAUUGAAAAACAAUUAAUAAAAAAAAAAACGAAAGUAUAAA